AUGUUCUUUAACUUUAUAAUAUUUCUAAUAAGCAUAAACUUUAUAUCAUGUAUUAAAAUAAAAUCUUUUAAUUUAAAUAAAAAUAUAGAUAUCAUUGGUCUAGAAAGAAAUAAUUAUAUAAGAAGAAAUUUUAUAAAGAAUAAGAUAAUAAAAAAUCUAUAUUUUUUAAAUAAUAUAAAUAUUAUAAAUAAUAAAAUUUAUUUACGUAAAAAUAUAGUAAAGAAUGAAGAAAAUGAGAAAGAAAGCUUUUCUACUUUUGAUGAAUAUUUUAAUAAAAAAGCGGAAGAAAAUUAUACUAAAUUAGAAGCAGAUAAAUUGAAAAUUCUUAAAGAAAAUAUUCAUUCAUAUAAAGAUGAAAUAAAAAAGGCAAUGGAGAAGAGUUAUAAAAAUGAAUAUAAAAAAUUAUUAAAAGAAGAAGAAGAGGAUAAUAAGUUAAGUAAUGAAAUCCAUGAAAAUAUUAAAAUAACAUUUCAUAUGAAUAAAAAUAUAAAUAAUUUCUUAUUUACUGAAUAUAGUUAUAUGAUAAAUAAAUUAAAAGAAAGAUCAGUAAUUUUAAAGAAUUUAAGAAAAUUUUAUAAUAGGAAUAAUAAUAAUAAUGAUAAUAAUAAUAAUGAUAAUAAUAAUAAUAAUAAUAAUAAAGAUGGAAAUUUAGUUGAAGAUGAGGUUAAUAAAAAAGAAAAGAGUAUGUUGAAUAUAAAUGAAGAUGAUAUAAAAGAAACAAAUAAUGCUAUUUUAUCAGAGAAUCAAGAAGAAAAUGUAAACAUUUUACCAAAAAUAAACUUAAAUUCAGAUAAUAUAAAAAAAGAAAAUAAUGAAUUAAAAAAGUUAAUGGAAAAUGUACAAUUUUUUAAACCAGAACAAAAUUUAACUCAAAUAAGAAAUUGUCAAACCUUUAGUGAUCAAUUAUUUGCUAAUGCGAAAAUUGAGAGUAAUAAUUUUUUGCUUAAUUUAAAAGAAGAAAAUGAAAAAAAGAUAAAAGACGAUAUGCUUAUAGAUAAUGAAGAUACAGAACAAGAGUUAUUUUUAAAAAAUAAUGUAUCGGCCUUACAAUUAUUUAAAGAAAACGUAAAAAGUUUUUUACAUUAUAAAAAAGCAAAUAUAAUAAAAAGUAAUUUAAAUGAGGAUUUAUUAUAUGGAAGAGUUAAAGUACAUUGGUUUCCUAAAUUUAUGAAAAGGGUUAUAAGCAAAAUUCCUGAUUAUAUAAAAAUUAGUGAUAUAAUUAUAGAAGUAAGAAAUGGCAUUAUUCCAUUUGUAUUUGAUGAUUUGUAUGCUUUAAAUAUUUUUGAUAUUUAUACAAAUAAACCAAGAAUAAUUGUUUACACAAACUCUGAUAGAUCAUCAAUAAAAGGUAAUGAAGAAUGGGGAAGUUAUUACAGAAGAAAAUUAUAUUGGUAUGAUAAAAAUUUUAAUAAAAAUAUUAAUAAAGAACAUAUAAAUCAAAUGAAAAAAAGCGCAGUUAUAUUUGUAAAUGCAAAAGAUGGAAAAAAAGAGAUAAUUGUAUUAAAGAAAUUAAUUAACAGACUUUGUCAAAAUAUAAUUGAUAGCAAAAAAAAGAAAGGUAUACACAAUUAUAAAGUGAAAUGUAUUUUCAUAGGUUUACCUAAUGUAGGAAAAUCAGCAUUAAUAAAUCGCAUAUUGGAAUUUAAAAAAACAAAAUCUUAUGAUUAUCCAGGUUUAACAACUAAUAUACAAAUGUAUUCCUCAAAAAAAUAUGAACUAAUUGAUACUCCAGGAAUACUAUCUCAAAAUUUAUAUAAAAUAAGAGAAAAAACAUAUGACAAAAAAAAUAUGAUAUUGGAAGAAAUUUAUAAUUAUAAUUCUAAGGAUUAUUCUAAAGAUAAUAUUGUUAAUAUUAAAAACUAUAAUAGUUAUAUGCAUGUAGAAAAUAAUAUUUAUCUUUUAGCUUUAUGUAAUCAUAUAUCACCAAAAAUGUAUGAUAUAUAUAAUGUUGCAGAAGUGUUGAUGAAAAAUUUAUAUAAUGCUUACUUAUAUGAUAAUGAUUAUAUUGACCUACAAAAAAUUAUCAAAAGAUAUCAAAUUAAUUUUACAGAAUGUUUAAAUAGUGAAGGAAGCUUUUGUGCAUAUAAUUUUAUUCAAAAAUUAGCUCGUGAUAGAUUUCAUAAUGAUUUAAAUCAGGCAUCUAUGAGAUUGGUUACUGAUUUUAGAAAAAAUUAUCUUGGAAGAAUUACUUUAAAUUAUCCAAUAUAUUUUAAUAAAAAAUCAAUCACUUUAAAAAUCUCAAAAAAUUUUAUUCAACAAAAAAAUGAUAAGUAUGUGGGAUGGUGA